AUGGGAAUGAGUCUCGAUUUCGAUGUUGAUCUCGAGAAAGGAGUGGUCGAUUUCGACAGUGUUUAUACAAAAUCGCCGGAGAAGCCAUUGAAACCGGUGUCUUUAGAUAACAAACCGGCAAUAACCGGAGAAGAAACUGUCGGUUCGUUAGUAAACGAUGGAAGUCCGGUUCAAUGUGCGAUCAGUAAACCGGGAUGGGGAAGGAGCGAUCGGAAGGAGAAACGCAAGAAAUCGGCGUCGAAGCCUCCGCGGCCGCCGCGUGGACCGUCGCUGGAUGCGGCGGAUCAGAAACUGAUCAGGGAGAUCGCCGAAUUGGCGAUGCUGAAACGGGCGAGGAUCGAACGUAUGAGAGCUUUGAAGAAAUCGAGAGCGGCGAAAGCUGCGUCUGCGGCUUCUUCUCUCGGCAAUGUCUUCGCCACGCUUCUCACCGCUAUUUUCUUCUUCGUCCUCAUUUUCCAAGGAUUGUCACCGAGAGCAGCCGGGAAUGGCAAACCUCACUUAGUAGACGCCGGAAAAGCCAACGGUGGUUUUGUUUCGGUUCAAUAUGCGGGAAAUCCGUCUGCGAGCGAACCGGAUGGAGGUUAUACCGGACCGGUUUUAGCACAGAGUAUACUAAAACCGGUUUCUGGUUUGGAGAGUGAAAAGAAGAUGAAUAGAGAGUUUCACAGUGAAGCGUAA